AUGGAUCAACAUCAACAACCAACUCCUCCUCGUUACGAUCAAUACGUCGAUCCCCUUCCUCCCACCGACGCUUGGGCUUGUUUUUUGUCCGCGAGAUAUUCACAGAGAAAAACCUUGUACCAAGGUUUGACGGCAACAGAGAAGGAGCUGGUCCGGAAAGAACUCCGUCGUGUUCGCUACUUGAGGGAAUAUUUCGAGACCCUACGCCUGUCCCCCAAGCCCAACAGCGCUCCCUUGGUUGUCUUGCUCGAUGAUUCUCGAAGGCGUUGGAAGCAACAGGCAAUACAAAAUUCCAAGGCGGCACUAGCAAAGUGCGACAAGGAAUUAGCACAGCCAAAUUGCUAUCAUAAGCCUCUUCUGCAGCGAAACCGUUCUCUUUUGCUUCAGGUUCAGCAAUGGUCAACACAGCCGGCCGAAGACCAGCAAAGGAAAGAAGAGCUGGACCCGGAAAAUUACAUCGACGGACUGGGCGCACCCGACGAUAGCAUCGACGACAAUCCGCGCGAUCCCAACUAUGGCUACAAUGGUUGGGUGAUUGUGUACGAAAAGGGACGAGGCGGAGUGACCCUCGACCACCCUCUCUGUCAUGGUCAGUACCCCCAUCAAAAGAUCUCGGUCCAGAAGCUGCUUUAUGACAUAGCCAAUACACCACUCAAGCGCUCGGAGGACAAGAACCAGUUACGCUACUUUCAUCUCCAGGCGAACAACAUGAAGUGGGUGGAAGAUGCCAUUGCAAGAUACUACGGUGAAGCCUCGGGAUUAGAUCGUCAACGCAGCACAAUCAUACGUGAAAGGGGGAUGUCCAAGCCCACAAAUCGUUUGUCAAACACCGAGAAGUUAUUAAAGCGCGAACUUUGGCAUGGACAGGAACGCGGCGGUAUCGGUACACAUCUUCCACCUCAUGCCCGCCAAAUACGACCUCGUUGCGCUGUUGUCCCAUCCGCGCCAUGCGCCCCACGGACACAUUCAACGUUGGGUUUGCCGAUGAGUGCUACCACCAAUACAAACGACGUGGUGCUCUUUAUGCCAUACCUACACUGGGAAAUCGAGAAACGACUCACAAGAAUGACGAAUGUCAUACGCAAGACACGUCAGCAGAAGGAAGAAACUUAUUACAUGGAGCGUCAAAACAAGCGUCGAGGAACCUGGGGUAGUGUCGUUGAUAAGGUCAUGACGGCACGUGUCCUUAGACAGGACAGCAUACCUGACGACACAUUUAUCAGCGACAAAUCCAUGGAUGAUGCUCCUUCCUGGCGUCCCAGUAGCCGACUAGGCACUUAUUUAUGGCAUGCAGCGAAGCUCUUUCAACUGAUCGACGAGGCCGCCGACUGGCGACUGAUCAAUGAUCAUCUUUAUGGCGAGUCCUCCCUGCAUCCGAGACGCACGCUCGAACAAUACAGCAGCUGGACUGCAGAUGAUACAACCAAGCGAGACCGACAACAGGUGGUUUAUCGUGGGACCUGGAUGAAGAACGAUUUGGAGUCUAUUCCGAGAGUAGUAAUGGUUGACCAACUGUGGAUGUGGAUCCUGGAUGAGAGUAAAUGGGGCCGCAACAAACCUGAUCCCUCUGCAGUCCAUCGAGCAAUCCGGGACUACAUGGCAUCUGUCGAUAAAGGCCAGAUCAAUUCGAUCUACGAUCUUGCUCUCAUCAUCGUUGAUGAAUGUUCCAAAGUCAUCUUCGACAGGACCAAGCCUGAUCUUCGGCCAGAGGUAGUGGACAUAUUCGGUUCCGCCAUAUCCAAAAUUGCGGAAAAGAAGACGGAGUCAUACGAGCGGUUCGGCCGUGACGUCAAGAGGAUGAACACUCAGGAUCCGCUCGAAACCUCCGAAGAACUGCUUCGCAAGUCCCUCAACAUCAAGUACGAAUGGUCCGUCCUAAUGGAAGCCCAGAGUGUCAUCGACCAGCUACAAAUCAUGCAAGAGAUAUUUACACAGCAGAUUACCAUCAUGACGGACUUUGAGAAGGUAUUACGUGGAUUGGGUUCUGGGGUUCCGUCUUCUCAGUUGGACGGACUGACCUCUACUCUUGAGCGUGCCAGCUCUCUGCUAACUGACAUGAAAUCGAAUCGUGAUGAACUCGCUGACCUUGAGAAGAGGCAAGCUAAAACACGGACCCAGAUCCGGGAAUUGCUUGACAUGAAACAACAGCAGUCGGGAAUCAUCGAAGCCAAAGCGGGUAUUCGACGAGCAGACGAGAGCGUCCUUCAAGGGAGGUCAAUAGUAGUCUUCACUGUUGUGACCAUCUUCUUUCUACCAUUAUCAUUCUUCGCCACCAUGUUCGGUAUGAACGCACGGGAACUAAACGAUGGACAUAUGGGAAUCGGCACCCAGCUGUUGCUAAUGCUCUUUCCCUCACUUGGCAUUACAAUUCUCUCACUCGCGCUUGCUUUCAGUACUCGGGC